GACCAGAUUCCAGCUCCUGCCAUCGGGAGGCACGGUAAGAGCCCGUAGGGGACACAAUUCUGAGCACCGCAGAUACCGAGGUCCCCGCUGCGCUCCAGUCUGUCAACAGAGGCUUCAGGACCGCGGAGUCCUUUCAAACGCCCGCCAGUGCCAGGCCAAUCACUGCGCAGAUUCUUCCGGGAUCGUCGCCAAUCAUCGGCCGUUGCGUCUUGCGGGUAAAGAGGAGUAAGUGAAGCUUCGGGCCCGUCCAUCUUUCUUGAAGGCAAGAAGCCUCUCUUCUACUUCCCAGACACCCCGCCUUGCCCACCACAAAAAGCAUCCGAAGCAGGUUUAUUUAAGGGCAAGUGGGACGAUGAGGCCAGAGAAGUCAGAAAGGCUCCAUAUUUGAUAUGGUCAAAGAAUGGCGCCCUUAAGAGCAGCCUGUGACAAUUGAAGCUAGGUGGUCGCCAUAUUUUCUGAAGGCACCUUCCGGGUCCCUUAACCCAGGUGUCUAUGUCCAAGCGGCCAUGAAGUGAAUAAACACUGAGGAAUUAUAUUUGUCCCUAUCAGAAUCCUCGAAUCCCUAGCAGCCAGUCCCUGCUAAUUCGGUUGCCUCGGCUGCGUUCGGACGCCACGGCUGGGCGGGGCCGCCCUUCCUGUGGACAACGACAGCUGAGGCCGGGAGCGGGGAGACGGCGGCCCCAGGGACCUGGCGGCCGCCGAUCGGGGCUGCAAGGCCCCAUGGCGCCGCCCCCAGCCCCGCUCCUGGCGCGGAAGCCCGGGGAGACCCGGCCUGGUUGCAGGAAGCCCGGGGCUGUGAGCUUCGCGGACGUGGCCGUGUACUUCUCCCCGGAGGAGUGGGGCUGUCUGCGGCCCGCGCAGAGGGCUCUGUACCGGGACGUGAUGCGGGAGACCUACGGCCACCUGGGCGCGCUCGGAUUCCCAGGCCCCAAACCAGCCCUCAUCUCUUGGAUGGAACAGGAGACUGAGGCUUGGAGCCCCGCCGCCCAGGAUCCUGAGAAGGGGGAAAGACUGGGAGGAGCUCGGAGAGGCCCCCACUUCCAGCAUCCUUAAAGAAAUUCAACUGUGUUGGGUACUAGAGGAGUAAAGAAGGCAGACUUGGUACAAAGUUUUCAGAACAUAGGACA